AUGUCAGGUACUUGCAUCGUCUGCCUUGGAGAUUUGGGAGAUGGACCUACCGACUCUCAGGGUCAUAAUACGCCGUCUGCCAAGUCUCCAAUACGGGAGGGCGACGCCGAGUCAGUCACAACCGCUUCCCUCAACCCUGAAAGUGCAAAUCGAAAUGAGAACAAUACAGAGCUGAUCGCCCACCUGAAACCAUGCGGUCACAACCUCCACAACGACUGUCUGACCCCUUGGGUCGAGAGAGCCAACAGUUGCCCCAUCUGUCGUGCUCGAUUCUACACGGUAGAACUUUCGACAAAGGUUGGAGGCGAAGUUAUCCGCACGUACGACGUCCAGGAUCGAUCGCAAGUCGCGGAUUUCGACCCGUCCAUGUUCCUCGAAGAGAUCGACGACAAUAACGAUACGGAGCCAUGCCAAGUCUGCGAGGAAGAUGAUAACGAAGAUGUCUUGAUGUAUUGCGAUCAGUGCAAUAGACUCUUUCAUUCUUAUUGUGUCGGUCUCCAAGAAAUUCCAGUGGGUCACUGGUUCUGCGAUGACUGUCGAGCGCAGCGGGACGUUAAUACCCGGCACCCUUGCCCACCUCGCGGCACUCGCAGCCAAUCUGGACCAUUCCGCCGGAGGACAAGAGGUCAGCAGCGGAGGUUUAGGAGCCAGAACCAAGCCACAGAUGCCAGCUGGACGCGAGUCUGGCAGUCUGUUUGGGACCGCCUCAAUCUUGAUCUCGACUUCCCUGACGAUGAAGAGGCAGCAGCUACAGCCAUACGUCGUCAUCGCCAACACAACGAUAUCAAUCGCAGAGAACAUGAGGCCUGGCAGGUACGAAGACGAAUUGCUGAAAUGCAAGGGGGCGGCGACAGUCGCUUCCGAGAUACUGAGGCAAGCCUCCUGGAUCAUCAGCAUACCUCGGCAUUCCAGACAGCCCGAAACCACACGUCACGUACUAGGCACCAUCCCGGAACUCCAGAACAAGAGACGACAGAAGAUCAAUUAGCAUGGGAAGCCUUCGACCAGGCACGCCAAGAGGAGAUUGACCCAGAGCAGUCGUCCAACCCAAAUCGUCGAAAGAGAAAAUCUGCUACUGCCUCGCCGGCUGAACUACAGACCGACGAUUAUGAAAGAGUCAAUAAGAGAUCAAGAACAAGCCGAAUGCAUGACGCUGAAAAUGCGUCUGGUUCUGCUGCCUCCUCACGCCUGAGACGGCCUGUUCCUCGAAGAGUUUCGCCUUUAACGAGUCCUCUCGUUGCGGAAAACAAUACACCCGGACCGAGUUUCCUUCAAUCUCUAUUGAAAGAAGUAGAAGAUUCAUCGGCGCCGAACAAUCCUCGUGGUGGCUUCUAUCGGCAAUCACCUUUGAAUGCACCAAGCCCAAUCACUAUAAGCGAGCACCAGUCUCCUCGGCCAUCUUCUCCAGCAUUGUCGCCGUCUCCUUCAAACCACUCUUCUCCACGCGCCAUGUCCGCUACACCGCCGCCUACAUAUUCUCGGUCGAAUUCACCGACAGGACUCUCUUCGAGCAUCCAACCCAUUUUCUCUUCCAGCGAUUUCUACCCCUCACGAUCAUCACCUGACCCUCCAAGCGUUCUUACCAACGGGCGCACUUCAAGAAUUCCUGCUGGAGGAGGAUGGCUAGCACAGCCGACCCGUCAUCCAUCACCACCACUAAGUCGACCCCGCUCGAGCGAGUCAUCCCCCACCCGCCCGUGCUUAUCAUUCAAUGCAAAAUCCGACGUGCAAAAGAUGGUCUCGUCUGCCUUGAAACCAUAUUAUCACAAGAAGACCAUAAGCAAGGACCAAUACACGACAAUCAACCGAGACAUCUCACGCAAGCUGUACGACCAAAUAGGUGAUUUUGAGGCGCUGGGUAUUGAGGGAAGAGCCAAGUGGGAAAAGGUCGCCGGGGAUGAGGUUGGCAAGGCUAUAGCUACGCUCCAGGACUCUUCAGGCGUGAAUCAGAUUUCGGGUGUGGAAAUAUUGAAGGUCGCAUCUUGA